AUGGCCACCAACAUCACGAACAACAGGCAGGACGCCUGCGAGGAAACGGACAAACAGAACCCUGAACAGCAAAAGGUCAUUAACUACUACAUGAACUUAUCUCGCAGACUAUCCCACCUGCACAACCCCCACACCCAGAGACUAUUCCCCCUGCACAACCCCCACACCCAGAGACUAUUCCCCAUGCACAGCCCCCACCUCCAGAGACUAUUCCCCCUGCACAGCCCCCACACCCAGAGACUAUUCCACCUGCACAGCCCCCACACCCAGAGACUAUUCCCCCUGCACAACCCCCACACCCAGAGACUAUUCCCCCUGCACAACCCCCACACCCAGAGACUAUUCCCCAUGCACAGCACCCACCUCCAGAGACUAUUCCCCCUGCACAGCCCCCACACCCAGAGACUAUUCCACCUGCACAGCCCCCACACCCAGAGACUAUUCCCCCUGCACAGCCCCCACCUCCAGAGACUAUUCCCCCUGCACAGCCCCCACACCCAGAGACUAUUACCCCUGCACAGCCCCCACACCCAGAGACUAUUCCACCUGCACAGCCCCCACACCCAGAGACUAUUCCCCCUGCACAACCCCCACACCCAGAGACUAUUCCACCUGCACAGCCCCCACACCCAGAGACUAUUCCCCCUGCACAGCCCCCACACCCAGAGACUAUUCCACCUGCACAGCCCCCACACCCAGAGACUAUUCCCCCUGCACAACCCCCACACCCAGAGACUAUUCCCCCUGCACACCCCCCACACCCAGAGGGUAUAG